CGACGACCGACACACAUCCUCAAGCCCAGCGACAAGCCGCAGUACCAUUAUGAGUGUGAGUCAUGCUUCUAUUAUGCUCAAUCGAUGUGCCAGGACGAUUUUGGGAUGUUUUGGAGGUGUGGGGUGGCUGGAUGGGAGUCUCGAGGUUUGGAUGACACCCUGGUCAGAGGUUUCAAGGGCGACGGAUUGAAGUGAAGCUGGGUGACAAGCUCUAGGGGAAUCAGGACGGGAUCAGGGCGAGACAAUGACCGGUUGUCUUGGGCGCAUUGUUCGGGCGUAUCGAACACUUGAUCGCGUUGCUGAAUGCUGCAUCCAACAGGACUCGAAUUUCACGCGUUUCGUCGAGGUUGGACGAGUUGUCCUCCUCAAGGCCGGCCCCUACAAUGGCAAGAUCGCCGUCAUCACGGAAGUGAUUGACCACAAUCGGGCAAUUGUCGAUGGCCCCACUACCGGCGUUCCCCGCCAUGCCUUUCCCUACCGCCACCUCACUCUCACUCCCUUGAAAGUCACCAAGCUCCCCCGCGCCGUACGGACUGGUGUCCUCAAGAAGUACCUUGAGAAGGAGGGUACCGUCGCCAAGUGGGAGAACUCGACGUGGGCAAAGAAGCGUGAAGCGGUGGAGAAGCGGAGAAAGAUUAACGACUUCCAGCGCUUCAACGUCAUGCUCCUCAAGAAGACCCGCCGGGACACCGUCCGCAAGCAGGUUGCCAAGGCUGGCAAGGCAUAGGCUCUUUUUGUUCGUGCUUACACUGGAGCUUGGGUUUGUAGGACAGGAAGGGGCGAGACGCGGGUGGAGGCAAAAACAUCGGACGGAUGUCCGGACGGCACGCCGCAUCACUGCACGUUACUCUUAUGCAUGGCAUUUUGUAGGCCCUAUGCACGCGUAUAUGUCACCAUUAUAGCAUGCAUCGCAUUACCGCUUUCUGGCUACUCUAAGUGUUAACUAGAUGGUACGUUGAA